CUGAGCCCUCCUGACCAGAAAACCCGACCACGUGGCUCCCUGCCCAGGGCACCCUCUGCGCAGCCGUCGAGGCCCUGGCAGCCGUGGGGCCCCUGGCAGCCGUGGCCACGCCCCCCCGGGGGAGGAGCUGGACGCCAUUGGCUGUCCGGGCCCGCGGCGACCGCCGUUGGCCAGCAGAUGGCCCGGUGCAGUCCCCUGGUUGGCUUGUACAUUUCCGCAUCUGCUGGUUUUCUGCCCUGCUCCUGCCUCUCCCUGUUCAGCUGCUUGGCUGCUCCCAGAUAGGAGCGGAAGGGUUGUGGGAGUAUGUCUAGGCGUUAAGUCUCAGCCGGAGGAUGGAGGCUAGGGACAGUGCUCUGACCCACGUAGGUUCCCUUUGGCUUCAGUACAAAUUUCCGUGACCUUGGGAAGGUUACUUAACCUCUCUGAGUCUGUUUGCUUUCCUGUAAAACAGGAGCCUAAAUAUGGAAGGUUUGUAGCAUAAUUUAGGGGACUACGAAGCAAUUUAACAUUCGUAGAGUUAGCAGUCAGUAAAGGGUAGAUGUUACCUGAGUCCUCGCUGUUGGCACCGUGACUCCUGAGAACUUAGAGCCAAUCAGGAAAGCUAUAUGCAUCCUCACUAUUCUCUUCCAUCUCCACCAAGAUUUAUAUCACAAUAUUGAGUGUCUUCAUGUUUCCAUCUUUUCCCUCACAUUAAUAACGUGCUCAGCUUUUAGUUUUCACAAAAACUUUGUGACAGAGUUAUUUUUGUUAUUCAUAUUUUAUAGAUGAGGAGACAGGCUUCUUAGAAAGAUCCUAUGACUGGUCUGUGGCAGAACAGGGGCUUGAACCCAGUCUCCCAUAGGUCCCACAGCACAGAACCAGGCAUCGUGCUGACACUGGGCCAGGGCGACGUGGGCCAGCUGGGGCUGGGCGAGAAUGUGAUGGAGAGGAAGAAACCAGCCCUGGUGCCCAUUCCGGAGGACAUCGUGCAAGCUGAGGCUGGGGGCAUGCAUACUGUGUGUCUAAGCAAAAGUGGCCAGGUCUACUCCUUCGGCUGCAACGAUGAAGGAGCCCUGGGACGGGACACAUCAGUGGAGGGCUCAGAGAUGGUCCCCGGGAAAGUGGAACUGCAAGAGAAAGUGGUACAGGUGUCAGCAGGAGACAGUCACACAGCAGCUCUCACUGAGGAUGGUCGAGUUUUCCUCUGGGGCUCCUUCCGGGACAAUAAUGGUGUGAUUGGACUCUUGGAGCCCAUGAAGAAGAGCAUGGUGCCUGUGCAAGUGCAGCUGACUAUGCCUGUAGUGAAGGUGGCCUCAGGAAAUGACCACUUGGUGAUGCUGACAGUUGAUGGUGACCUCUACACUUUGGGCUGCGGGGAGCAGGGCCAGCUGGGCCGUGUGCCUGAAUUAUUUGCCAACCGUGGUGGCCGUCAGGGCCUUGAACGACUCCUGGUCCCCAAGUGUGUGAUGCUGAAAUCCAGAGGAAGCCGGGGUCAUGUCAGAUUCCAAGAUGCCUUCUGUGGUGCCUACUUCACCUUCGCCAUCUCCUGUGAGGGCCAUGUAUAUGGUUUUGGCCUCUCCAACUAUCAUCAGCUUGGAACCCCAGGGACAGAAUCUUGCUUUGUACCCCAAAACCUGACAUCCUUCAAGAACUCUACCAAGUCCUGGGUGGGCUUCUCUGGUGGCCAGCAUCAUACAGUCUGCAUGGAUUCAGAAGGAAAAGCGUACAGCCUGGGCCGGGCUGAGUAUGGGCGGCUAGGCCUUGGGGAGGGUGCUGAGGAGAAGAGCAUACCCACCCUCAUCUCCAGGCUCCCUGCUGUCUCCUCAGUGGCUUGUGGGGCCUCCGUGGGGUAUGCUGUGACCAAGGAUGGUCGUGUGUUUGCCUGGGGCAUGGGCACCAACUAUCAGCUGGGCACAGGGCAGGAAGACGAUGCCUGGAGCCCAGUGGAGAUGACAGGCAAACAGCUGGAGAACCGUGUGGUCUUAUCUGUGUCCAGUGGGGGCCAGCACACAGUCUUACUAGUCAAGGACAAGGAACAGAGCUGAUGAAGCCUCUGCGGGCCUGGCUCCCGGCCCCCCACCCUCUCUCCUGGAACUGAGAAGCUAUGAAAACUACAGAUUCCAGCAAGCCUCCCCCAGCCCCGAGUGCUGUCAUCUCCUGCCUUUUUCCUAUCAGCAGAACAGAAUCCUUUUCCUCUUUUCCAUCCUCCUUUCCUGAAUCAUCCUGCAACCUACAGGAUGAAGGGGAGGUGGGAGGGAAUGGAAGAGGGGAGGGGGUUUCAGCAGCCGGAACAUUGCUCACCCCAGAGCUCUGUGGUUAGACCUUUCUCCCUCAUCCCUACCUCCCAUGGUCCUGGCUGACCCUGGUUUUGCCUGCCAAAAACCAAAAAUUCCUCCCCUCAGGAUUUGGUGCCCACGUUCUGAAAAGUUGGGGAUCUUCAGGCCCUACUGUAGCCAUGUGCCACUCUGUCCUUCACAAUCCACAGGCAUAUAAAUGGUAUGGUGGUCAGACCCAGCUGUCAUGGACCUAUGCCUGGGGGAAACCUGAGAUGGGGCAGGGCUGCCCAGCCAUGGGCAACCCCAAGCCAAAUAUGUGGCCCUCAACAGAUGUUCAUGGGGAAGAAAAAAUGAUCCUCCACUUGAUCAAGAAAAAAGCCAAUCAGCCUUUAUCCCAGAAGCACAAAGCAUUCUGCCCUUCAGGUAUUGCCUGAGUAUCCUGCCCAUCCAACCUGCCUUACCUGCAGCCAAGGGCCUGAAGUCUGGAAAGGAAGCUACAUCUGCAGGGCAGGACAUGGAGGGAAGGGGAAGGAAAGUUUUAUAAACAAACUUAUAGCAAUAUUGAAAGUGAAGGGAGGGGAGGGGAAGGGGGUCAGAGGGCCAGAGUCUGGUGCCCAGGAAGGGAAGCAGCAGCUUGUACAGUGGCUGAGAAAAUAGAAAACUGUUUUGAUUUUUUAAAAAUGUAAAGUAUUUUGGAGGGGAGAGUGAAAUCUUUUAACACUUUGAAUAAAUUUAGAGUUUUAUAAAACAGGCCACUUGUUUUUUACAUACUCCCUGCUUUUUUAAGGGAGCACCUGCUGUGUUGGGAAGAGCAGAAUAAAACCAUACCUAUGCACCUGGUCAAA